GUCGGUUGGACGCGAAUGGAAAUGCGUAUUCCACCGGAAAACAUAAUACAAAACACAGCCCAUGAAACCGAAGAAGAUGAAGAAGGGACAGCUGCUGCUGCAAUGGGCACCAUCAAAGCGGUGGCUCUGAUCACCGGCGACGUCAACGUCCGGGGCUCCCUCCAAUUCGUUCAGCAACCCAAUGGGGCAACCCAAGUGAAGGGGAAGAUAACGGGGCUCUCGCCGGGCCUCCAUGGCUUCCACAUCCACGCCCUCGGCGACACCACCAACGGCUGCAAUUCCACCGGGCCCCAUUUCAAUCCCCUGAAGAAGGACCACGGAGCUCCCUCCGAUAGCGAGCGGCACGCAGGCGAUUUGGGCAACAUCUUCGCAGGCCACGACGGAGUUGCUGAGGUCUCGAUCACGGAUUUACAGAUACCAUUGAGCGGGCAGCAUUCCAUACUGGGGAGGGCGGUUGUUGUGCAUGCCGAUCCCGAUGAUCUUGGUAGAGGUGGGCAUGAGCUUAGCAAGACCACUGGGAAUGCCGGUGCAAGGGUGGGAUGCGGUAUUAUCGGGCUUCAGUCGUCUGUUUAGAUCGACCGGCAGUCUGGUUGAUCUUCAUUGACAUGCAACAAUUAAUCAUGUAUAUUCGUCAUAUCCAGUCAUUCUGCACAAUAAAAACUACUUUCGUUGUACCAACAAAAGCUUUGAUAUCUUGAAAGCUUGAAUGUUUUUCGGGUUGUGCUAAUAAUCAACCAUACAUUCCAUCCAA